CAGUACUUGUCCCUUGUCUGCGUCACGCUCCCUCCCUUGCUAACUGUUUCGUGCUUCCUGGCUUUCGCUUUUUUAGUCAGUUCGGCUAGCGAUGAUGGAGCCUGCAAUGGCCGCUCCACCUCAACCAUCAGGGUAUCCGCCAUACACGCCCGCCCGCGAAUUUCCCGAGCGCCAUAGUCUUUCCCCGGAGCUGGACCGUCAAGUCUCGGAGCUGAUCAGUGCGAUGGAGGCGGCGCGGGAGGCGAGUGAUCGCGUGCAGCGGCUGUUCUGCCGCUCGUUGUACCCGUGCGUCAAACGCGAGCUCGGAUCCCUCCGCGAGGAGCUGUUGCUGUUAGCACCGCAUCGACUGACGGGAUCUAAGGAGAGGCCCGCCGUGCCAUUGUGCCCGCGGGAGGGAGCGGAGCUGAAUAAUGGCGCGACGGAGAAGACUGGCGGCUUGAAAUUCGGCGCUGAAGACGGCGUUAAAGACGGCGGUGAAGGCGGAAAGCGUGAGUGCCAGACGACCGACAGGCGAGAGAAAGGCCGGAUGCAGGACGACGAGAAGAGCGAGUCGGAUCGCAAGUCGAAGUACUCGACCCCGAUAGUGUGUGGUUCGAUUCUUGGUAGGGGGGAGGCGCAGGCGAGUGGGUCAAGGUCGGAAAUUGGGAUCGCUGCAGUCGCUAAACUGAAUGGUGACUCGCAAGAGGACGAGGAGGAGGAAGCACAAGGUGUCGACCCGAGCGGACAGGGCCUCGGUUGCAAGGCUCAGAUGGAGGUCUUGAUCUCCCGCGAUUUUCCCGCAGGCUUGACUGGGGAAGGCGGCAUCGUCAGAGAGGCUGGGAACGCGGGGACUUUGUCGGUUGAGAAGGAGAGUCGCCGCAAGGGGGCGGCGGCUGACAGGGUGCAAGGAGCGAGGCGGAGCGUCGAGUCCGCUAGCCACGGCGACUCGGCUGGCGUACCUGCGGCGGACGAGGCGGACGAGGCGGAGGUGGGGGAGGAGGCGGACGAGGCGGACGGGCACUCGCCGCGUGCAGCGGAACGUGGCAUGCCGCGUGAGGGGGAAGGCGCGGCGGCCGGGAAGAGCGGCGGUGGCUCUUCGGAUGGGCGAGAUGGAGGCGGAGACGACGGCCGUGGAAAGAAGGUUCUUGUUGCGCCUUUAAAAGAGGAUUGGCGAGAUGGAGGCGGACGCGACGGGCGUGGUUCUGCCAACGGCGAUGGCGCUGGGCCCGCGUCCGGUAGCAGCGGUGGUCGGCGUCGUGAUUUCCGUGCUGAAAAAAAGUACGCCGAAGGCGAGAUGGGAGUGUUUGGGGUGGUGCAGGAUGGGGAUGCCAAGGUGGAAGAUUCGCAAGACGUUGACUUGCUGGGUGAUGACGAUGACGAUGAUGAUGAUGUUACAAGUGAGACCGAAUCGCAGGAAGAUCGCAUCCAGGAUCCUGAGGGGUGCGAUGUGGUGUUGGCGGAAGGCGAGAGCUGCACGCCCAGCACCGCUACUGCGGCUGCUGCGGCAACGAUGGCUGCCUUGGAGCGGAAAAACAGGGGAAAGCUCAAGGUGGGCGAACCUGCUGCUAAGCCCAAGGUGGGCGAGCCUGCAGUACAGCCCAAGGUGAUGGGGGAAGGCAGGGACGGGACGCACGGGCAAGGCAAAGCUGAGACACUGGACUCUGCGUCUGUGGCUGUGAACGGAGCGCUCUCCGUGGCUUCACGGGGCCCAAAGGGAGAGAAGGAGGCAUGGGGGCACGCAGUGGGCGUGCAUGCAGAAGCGGAGGGGGAGGGCGGAAAUGGAGCAGCAGGGGCCGAUGUGGCCGGGGUAGCUCCAGCAGCAGGUCCUGCAGGUUUAGCACGCGAGGGUAAGGUGGUGGCUAGUGCACGGGUGAGGAGCAGCAGCCCUAGCAGCGGCAGCAGGUGCAGCAGUGGGGGGGCCGGCAGCGAGGGCGGCAGCGGGAGGGUGUGGCGGAGGCGAGGGGAUGCGGAGUCAUCGCAGCAGCACAAGGACCGAACGCUGAAGCAGACGUGCCUGACUCGGCACUUGGGCGGAGGGAGUGCGCAACGUGGCAGUGCUGCCAGACGUGCUGCCAUUUUUGCUGCUGCUGCUACUGGUAGUGGUGGUGCUGGUGAUGCUGUUGGUGGAGGAAGAGGGGGAAGAGGUGAUGCGGUGGGUUCUACUUCAGCAGCGCACGCAGCAUGCACCAGACGUGCAACGAACUCUGGUGAAAGGUUUGCAUGGGCCACUCGGAGCAGCGCUGCUGCUCGUCCUGCUAGCUCCCUCACACAUGGUGUGGCUAGCCUGCCACCGGCGAAUCAACAGGCGGAAAUGGAGAAGCGGGAGAAGGAGACUGAGCAGGAAGAGGUGGAUCAGAUGGAGGAGCAGGUACAGGAGCAAUACGAGCAAGAAUUUAUUUGGGAGGAGGAGAUCCAGUGCCGGCAACAUUCAAUGCAGCAAUGGGAGGAGGGCGAGCAGAAACAACAGCAGGCGCUGCAGCAGGGGCGGCAGAAGCAGCAGCAGCAGCAGGAGCAGAGGCAGGGACAGCAGGAGGAGGGUGACAUGGAGGAGGAAGACCGGGCAGAGGGUGCACUUGUUGCUGUUGGUGUGCGGCGGAGCGGCGAGAAGAAGCGAGGGGCGGAUGAGGGGGUGAAGGCAACAGAAACGGUGGAUAUAGUCAUGGGUGGACUAGGAGGGGGUGGCGCUGGUGACACGGGCACAGGGCGAAAGAGGUUCAAGAAAGCAGGCAUGAAGAUGCAGCAGCAGGAAAAGCCACCACGGCAUCCGCAAGCACAGGCACAAGCGCAAGCACAACCGCGAGUGCAAGUGCAUCUCCUCCCUGGGAAUCCACCAGUGCCCAGGGCUGCAGGGACGGCAGCAGAACUGGUGCAGAAGCUGCAGGGGGGGAGGAAGUCGCGGUGGAAGUGUGCCAAGACUGCGGGCAGCAGCAAGGCUGCAGUGGUGGGCGGCACUGUUGCUGGGGGUGUGGACAACUGUGAGAUUGACCUGCUGGAUUCGCCGGAGAGAGCCGUGUGGGAUCGGAUUGCUGGUUAUGGUGGCGUGGGGGAUUGUGGCAGCGGUGGGGUGAGGAAGCAGGGUGGGAAAAAAGGGAAGGGGGGUGCAAGUGGAGGGAGUGGUGGUGGUGCUGCUGCUGCUGCUGCUGGUGAUGGCAGCGUUGGGGGUGGCGGCGGUGUUGCUGGUUGUGGCAACGAUGGUGGUGGUGGUGGUGGUUGUGAUGAAGGUGGUAUCAACAUACCGGCUGGUGCGGUGCCAGCAGCAGCAGCAGCACCACCACCACCACCACCACCAGCUCCUGAAGGUACAAGGCGAACUGCAUUAGGCAUAAGGGCAGCAGCACGGGGCGAGCCAGCACCAGGCGAAGCAACAGCAGCAGCAGCAGACGGCUCAGUAGGAGCAACAGCAGCAGGCGACCCCCAGGGAGGCAGCAGGCCAGGCAGGGCAAGCGGGCCUCCGCCGCCCUUCAAGUACGUGGACGUGGUUCGCAAGAAGGCAGACCGAGAGAUGCUGCAGGCAGGCGAGUGCGAGACGUGCCGCAAGUUCUAUGAUGCGAUACUGGAAGGGGACGUGCAGGGGGUGAUGGCACCCCGGUGCGAGCAGCACCAGGUGGCAUCAAGGCACCGGUGGCGGUUUGCUCCUCCGUCCACCCCCCCUGGCUACUGGAACGUGGGGUUUGACUCCGAUGUGUGACCAUGGCAGGGGGGGGAUGGGAUGGGCAUGGGAUGGGAUGGGAUGGCAUGGGAUGUGUAUGGUAUGUUGUGGACUUCGGAGUGAUGGCACGAUGUGGGGUGGCUUGUGGGGGUCAGCUGUGAAGGGUGUUGUGAAGCGAAGCAGUGAGAUGCAAUGAUAUUUCCUUAUACAGCAUGUUUGAAUGUAAUCUCUUACUGUAUCAUAUUCUGAUGGCACUAAAAU